UAAUUGAAAAAAAUACCAACAAUAGUUAGAGUAAAAUUAAAAAAAAAAAACUUAAAAGUAAAUGUCUCUAGCUUUUCUGUGAUUCGUUUCUACGUCCAUCAACACGUCUAAAGGUAAGUUAUUGUGGAUCUGGAGCAGGAGGGCUGGCGAUUGGAGGGGAGGGUGCUUGGGUAUUUGGGGUUGAGAGAAACCAUGGCCCGUGCCGUGCCCCGUGUGGAGCCGCCUGGGGGUCUGACACCACCCAGCACAUGGCAGCAGGUGGUAGGCUCCAGCUCGGCAUGUUCCAGCCCUGAGAGCGGUGACCCAGCUGUUUUGGAAUGGGAAGCCCUAGGGAGUUAGGCUUUGUUUCCUUCUGUUUUGUAAGAUCCUUUGGCGCUGCUCAGAGUGAGUGCGCAGCCUUGCAGUGAGGCCCCGCGCAGGCCAGCGACAAUGGGGGGGAUGAGGUGCGUGGGGAUGGGCGGCAGCAGGCAGUCAAGUCAAGGCUAAUCCCACGUUUAGCUUGGGCAGCUUGGAGCACGGCACCACACAUCCAUGAAAUGCUCAUUAUUGUUUCUGGGGUCCUGACGAUAUUUUGGGAUUCUCCAAAUACCAGCCGGGACCAUUUUGGCAAUGUCUCCCUUACUUUUUUCUCCUUUCACCUUUUUUUUUUUCUUUGUAGCAAGAAUUACUACCAAACUACCCUCGUUGAGCCCGAGUCCCAAGUCCUGUGCGGUGUCAGGGGGAGGCUUGCCCCUCCCGGACCACACUGGCUACCUGCAUUUGCAAAUUCAUUGUUUCGUUUUUUUCCUUUUACUACCAAAAUGUUAUAGUGACACAUUUCAUUAUAUGGAUAGUUUUUGUUGGUGGUUUUCAUUAUUAGUAACUUCAGGAGUAAAAUGAGACUUCACAUCCCUAAAAAGUAGCCUUGGCGAUUCACAGUGGUCACCUGCGUAGGAGUCCUGGAGCUAACAUAAAGGAAACGGAGCUCCGUGGCCCCGUGGGUCCUCUUGUUCCUGUACUUGCUGUACGCGGACCGAGGCGGACGCUGCCUGGACCUCUGCGACCCCCUUUCACGGCGUCCCUGCAGGCCUCCGAGGUCCCACCCACUGUCCAUCUCCCCUAGUCCCAGAAAACUCACCAUCAACCACUACCAAACCAGUGAGUCAAGAUGACACGGCACAGUGGGACCUUUCCUUUCUUUCUUCCUUUUUUUUUUUUAGAUUUAUUUAUUAUUUGAGAGUGAGCGAUCUAGCAUGUGAGCAGGAGGAGAGGCAGCAGGAGAGGGGAAGCCGACUCCUGGCUUCCCCGAUCCCACGACCCUGAGACGAUGACCUGAGCUCACACCAAGAGUCGGUCGCUCAGCUCAGCCCAUGGAGUCCCCCAGGCGCCCCGGGAUUUUUUUCUUCUUAAAAAAGAAGCGUCUGGGUGGCUCCUUCAGUGAAGCGUCUGCCUUCGGCCUCAGGUCAUGGCCUCAUGAUCCUAGGAUUGAGUCCCGAGCCGGGCAAAAUAAAAAGACCCACUUCACACGACUCAAGACAUUUUAGAAUCUUUGGGAUGAGAGUGAUACUCAGAUGUCCCUGGCCCUUUGGGAAGGUGCUGUCGGGGACGGGCUGCUGUUUGCCCUGGAGCCUCUGCCCCCAGGAUGACAGUGGGCUUGCCGUGUGGCCUGGGGUCGAGGCCCAGAGCACCCCUUGCCUGCCAGGCGAUGGAAUGUCAGCAGUCCCCGUGGUCUCAGCACGCCUGGCAGCCCUUGCUAGCUGCCCCCACCACGCACAUGCACGCAGCCCAUCCUUGGAAAGGAUCAAUCAGUGAUGGAUUAGAAAUAGAAGAGCCAAGGAACCUGCUCCUGAGUGCUGAAUCUCCAGGAGCGGGGGGCCCGCGGCAGGAGCGGAGUGUGGGGCAGGAGGGGUGUUGGCCCUCGGAGGCUGGGGGACUCCAGCGCUUGCUCAGCUCCUUGGCUGCCUCGUUUUCUCAUCUGCAAAGUGGGAGAGCGCUUCGUGAGCCUGUUUUAAAGGACCCAGCCCUUGUAGCUUUCUGGAUGCUGCCGCCGCCCUCGGAGGCGGCCCUGAGCCAGCUGCUGGCCCGCAAGGAGGAGGAGUGGAGGGCGCUGCAAGCCCACCGCUGCCAGCUGCAGGAGGCCGCGCUGCAGGCCGCGCACAGCCAGCUGCAUGAGGCGCAGGGGGCGCUGCGGUGCCUGCAGGAGGACUUCGCGUACAACCUGCAGGUGCUGGAGGAGCGGGACCUCGAGCUGGAGCGCUACGACACCGCGUUCGCUGAGGCCCGUGGGCGGGAGGAGGCACGGCAGGCGGAGCUGAGCGAGCUGAGGGUGCAGGUGGCCCGGCUGAGGCAGGCGCUCGCCGGCGAGGCCCAGCGGCGGGAGGACCUGCAGCAGCAGCUCCAGCUGAAGCAGCAGGAGCACCGGCUGGAGCUGGAGCGCGUCCACAGUGACAAGAACAGCGAGAUGGAUCAGCAGCGGGAACAGUAUGAAAACCUGAAGUGGCAGCUGCAGAGGAAGCUGGAGGAGCUCGAGGGCGAACUUGCUCUGCAGAGGCAGGAGCUGCAGCUGGAAUUCGAGUCUGAAAUGCAGAAGAGGGAGCACGGGUUCCGCCUGCAGGCUGACGGCAUGAGCAACGCGGUGCUGACUCAGGAGCUCAAGGUGAAACUGUUGAACAAGGAGCUCGGGGCCCUGAAGGAAGCUGCCGCCCAGGCCGCGGAGUCGCUGCGGGGCGCUGAGGCCGCCAACGCGGGGCUGGAGGAGCAGCUGCAGCACAGCCGCCAGGAGCUCAGGGACCUGGCCGCCGCCAAGGACGCCCGGAUAAAGGACUUGGAGGGCAAACUUAACUCUGUGCAGCUCUCCAGGAAGAAGGAAGAGGAGGUCUUCAGGAGGAAGCACCAGGAGCUCGACCACCUGGCCCGGGAGAGGGACGUGGCGCUGGCGGCCGUGAAGGAGGCCCACGCGGAGCAGCUGAAGGCGCUGGAGGCCCGGGCCCUGGAGCUGCAGGCCCGCUGCGAGACCCUGGAGCUGCAGCUCCGCAGGGCAGAGUGGAGGCAGGCCGACGCCCUGAAGGAGAAGGAUGCCGCCGUGGACCGACUUCGGGAAGAUGCAUUGACUCUGAGGUCGGGCUGGGAUGCCCAGGUUGCUCAGCUGUCCAAGGACAUAAUCUCCAGGGACCUUCAGAUUCAGUCGCUGCAGGAGGAAGCAGGGGAGCUCAAGGCACAUCUGGCCCGGUGCCAGCAGGACGUCGGAAGGUACAAACAGCAGCUGUCGGCGGCAGCGGACAGGGAGCGGUGCCUGGAGCGUGAGCGGGCACAGCUGGAGCUGGACUGGCGGCAGCGCUGUGACAGCGUGGAGAGGGACCACUACCGCAAGUCCGAGGACCUGAUCCAGGCCCUGACCGAGGCGCGAGAUCAGGCUGCUGCCAAGCUGCAGGAGACCGAGCGGACGCUGCGUGACCAGGAGGUGGUGCUGCAGGCCUUGAGCCUGGAGAGGGACCGGGCCGUGGAGGCGCUGAGGACACGUGGGCUCCUCCCCGACAAGGAGGUACAGGUGCUCCUAAGGCAUCGUGAAGAAGAAACCAAGGAAAGUUUUCCGUCUAAUGAGAUCCAGAGGCUCCAGGAGCAAAACACAAGCUUACGAAGGGCUGUUUCAGAGAUGAGGAAAGAAAUGGAGACUCUGAGUGAGCACGUUCUUCCCCCUGCCCCGUCAGGGGGUCAGGCUGGCGGCCCAGAGGAGCCCCGGCCACGUCCAGAGGCAGCUGCGGAGGCUCCUGAUCACGUUAUGGUCCUUGAAACAGAAAUACAAAAUCUAAAGGAUAAACUUAAAACCCUGGAGGAACAGAUAGAAGAUGUCUUAGAUCCUGCAAAGAGGUCCUCAUCUUACGCUGACGUUCAGCCCAGCGUCCACUGCCCGGCCGAGGCCCCCGGAGGAGCCAUGUCAGCUGGUCGUGCACCUGUGGGGCAGGCGCUCAGGAGGCUCAGAAACAGGACGCAUCUCACCACCGUCCUGGUGGCCCGGCUCAAGCAGAAGGUGCUGCAGAGACCCCUGGACCCAGACAUCAUCCAGCACGAGCUUCCCCGUGAUGUGGACCAGGUGCACCUGGAGGUUUUGGAACUGCAGAAGCAGAUGGCUGAGCUUGAGGAGCAUCUUGGGAGCAGACAGCAGUUGGGAGCCCCAGACAAGGCUGUCCUCGGUGGGGAGGUCCCUGCAGACCAAGGACCCCCGAGGACAGAGGACUUGUCUGUGCCCCGACUCCAGCGGAGACUAAAGGAGGCGACCCGAAAAAUCCUCCGCCUCUGCGAAGAGAAGGAGCAGCUCCUGGAGAUGGGGAACAGGCUCCGUGCAGCGCUGGCGCGCCCCCCAGGGAAACUGCCUCGUCACCCCCUGCCCACCCUUGAGGCCCCUUUGGGACAGUUGCAGCCCCACUUUGCAGCCCAGGACCCGGAGCACCGCAGGGAAGAACGUGUCCCUGCCCGCCCUGGAGACGUCCAGCCCGGCGCGGCCCAGACCGUCGGCAGCAGCCCUCCUCCGCCAGGCUGCGCAGCGGGGGCCGCGGGGCCCGGGCAGCGACAACACAGGUCAACUCGACAGAAAGAAAACCGGUCCCCAAGGCCAUGCCUGGCUCCCGGACCCCACAAGGAGAGUGGCCACCACACCCGAAGCUCCUCAUCACCAGCUAGCAGUCCCCUCCAGGACACGUGGAAGCUGCUGGACCUGGGGUCCAGCCCCUCCGGCCUCACCUCCCAGGACGACUCUGUGCCAGGUCCAGCCGCCAGCAGCCUCGGACACCCUGACCCAAGCCCUGUGGGCACACAGGCAGCCUUUGCCAUCACAGGGGUGAAGAUGGAAACACAGGCCAAAGCCAAGCCCACUGGACCCUCCAGGGCUCACCCUGCAAGGACGAAAGGCUGCCCGCGGCCCCCCAGGCCCCCCAAGAUCCGGAACUACAAUCUGAAGGACUGAGUUCCCGGGCCCGCCCCUCUGUCCCCUGUGGGCGCCUGGGGCCCGUGCUGGACUCACGCACCGGCGCUGUGUGUGUGUGUGUGUGUGUGUGUUUGUGUGCAGGCCCCAUGUGCACACGAGGACAGUGCGGGUGCACGUGUGCGCACGCGAUGCAGGCUGCAGGCAGGCACCCCAAGUGCUGCAGAGGCGCCCCGCGGCGCCCCAGGUCCGACCAGAGCCAUUAAAGCCCAUGCCCCCGUGCUCUCGUUUGGCCAUCGCGUUGUUGACCUGUCCUCCUCAGAAAUGGCAUCUGAGCACUGCGGCCAUGUGACAAGGAGCCAGGGGGGCCUGGGGGGGAGCACAAGGCCCCUCACAAAGUAGGCGUUUCCCCAGAGAGCACGGCCCACGCGAG